GCUCCCUACACGAGAUCUCGCGAGAACGAGCAUUCUGGGAGAAAUCCUUUUCAUCGCCACCACGCUAAAGAUAUGGGAAAGCCAAGAGGACUUCGCACGGCUAGAAAGCUGAAGGAGCAUCGCCGAGAUCAGCGUUGGCAUGACAAACAGUACAAGAAAGCCCACUUGGGAACAGCGCUAAAGGCUAAUCCCUUCGGUGGAGCUUCGCACGCAAAGGGCAUCGUGUUGGAAAAGAUUGGCGUAGAAGCCAAGCAGCCUAACUCUGCCAUCAGGAAGUGCGUGAGAGUGCAGCUGAUCAAGAACGGAAAGAAGAUCACGGCCUUCGUACCCCGGGAUGGCUGUCUCAACUUCAUCGAGGAAAACGACGAGGUGCUAGUGGCUGGAUUCGGACGUAAAGGGCACGCCGUCGGUGACAUUCCAGGCGUACGGUUCAAGGUCGUCAAGGUCGCCAACGUGUCCCUGCUCGCGCUGUACAAGGGCAAGAAGGAGCGGCCGAGAUCGUAAACAUGUAAAGCUAUUACGUAUUAAAAAACUCGUAAAUCUA